CUUCCUUCCCGGCAAAGCCCACCGUUAUUGGGACCUCAAUAGAGAAUCGCCCACCAUUAACUCCUCCACCUACAAUCAAACUCACAUAUCCAUACCGAAACCGAACCUAACCGAACCAAUGGUUUAGUUUAUCAUUCUUUCUUUCUAUCGUCCCUUCCCCCUUUUUUUAAACUGCAAAUUUGAUUUCGUGAGAGAUUCAAUUCAAAAAAAUUCUGUUUUUUUUUCUCUUCGUUUGAAUGGACCUUGUUCGUUUUAAUUUUGCAAAUUUGAUUUCGUGAGAGAUUCAAUUUCAAAAAAACACUUUUUUUUUCUUUGUUUGAAUGGACCUUCAACGAAGAAGGAAAUGGCUGAUCUUUAUAGCGAUCUCCGGCGUCUCUGUUUACGGACUCCACAAGCUUUACCAUUCACCUUCCAUAACGAGGAAGAGGAAACGUCUCACGAAGAUUCUCACAGCUAUCUUCUCCCUAGCCGAAUCGAUCUCCGACUCCGCCGAGACAAUCUCCCUCCUCUCUCGCGACUUCAAAACAUUCCUCAAUUCCGAUUCCGAUCAAAUCCCGAACAGCUUGAAACAGAUCGCAAAGAUCGUCAACUCCAAAGAGUUAACGGACUCCCUCUCCAACGUCUCCAAAGCUCUAACCGUCGGCGUCUAUCGUGGGUACAAUAACAACGUCGGGGGUUCGAGUCCGAGUGUUGUCGACAAAGUGAUUGAUAAAGCUUUCUCAAAGGCUGGAUCCGGUUUCAUCUCGGUCGUAGUUGGUAGCUUCGCUAAGAAUCUCGUUCUUGGAUUUUUUUACUCUGAUCAGAAAUGUGAUUCUUCUUCUAGCUGGUUGGAUUUGCUCUGCGAUGAGAAGUGUAGAGAGCUUUUAGCUGAUUGCGUUCAGAGAUUCACCAGCACCGCCGUCUCUGUCUAUCUCCACAAGACCAUGGAUAUCAACACUUACGAUCAGAUCUUCCAAGGCUUGACCAAUCCAAAACAUCAGGAUAGCGUCAAAGACCUGCUUGUCUCCGUCUCUAACGCUGCUCUCCGGACUCUCGUCAAGACGUCUCACGAAGUCUUUACAUCUUCAAGGUCAUCGUCUAGUGCCGUGAUAGAAGAAGAAGACGAGUUCAAGACGGGAUCAGUAACGGGAAGAGUGACAUUAGAAACGGCAAAGUCAAUCAUCGGAUUCGUAAUGCUGAAGACGCUGCAAGUGUUUAGAAAGAGCUUCGAGGUGGUUCAGGAAGAGGUUACGGAGAGAGGACGGCAAGUAGUUAGAUAUGUUGGAGCUAAAUCUUCUGUUAUAGUCACGGUGUGUCUAGCCUUGUACUUGCACAUCAUAAGCCGCUGUGAUAGCCAUCAUUUUUAAGUCUAUUGGUUAGAGGUUAUAGUUGGAGCUGAGAAUAGUGUUAAGAGAUUGUUGUCUAUGUAUUUAUGUGCUCAAACUGAUUAUUAUUGAUGGAACAUAAGUUCUUGUGACA